CACUAUUUACAGAGACACAACAUAGAAAUAAUAUAGACGUUUAGCACAUACACACAUAAACAUAGACAGACUAAUGCAGUCUAAAACAACUCUUAUCUUUAUCGUCACCAGUUGUGGAUACAUUUACUUACUGUACUUUUUUUAUUUUCAUUAUUACAUGCAUUUUAUACUUGUACGUCACAUCUUAGAGGGAAAUACUGUAUUAUUGUACUCCGCUGCAUUUGUCUGACUGGUCAGAAUUGCCUUUUUUGGCCAAAAAAGGCAAUUUUAGAUUUUUGAUCACACACAAUUAAGGAUUUGAACAUAUGUUAUUCUUUUUAGAAAUAGAACAUGGACAAGGAUAACAACGGAUAAGGAUAUACAGGACCGUGAUGUACACUAGUAGUGAAACAAUGAAUAUCAAGAAACUGAGGGCAUCUAUGGACCAACAGUGUAGACACGAAGACGAAGAGGAGGAGGGAAUGGAUGAAGACUCUGAGAACUCAAACCUACUGCGGCUGAUGGCCAGACAUACACAACUGAAAGACCUCCUGCAUGCUUAUGACGUCAUUGGUGGGUACAACAUCAUAAAGACCCGUCAGGGGAAAGGACUGUGCGUGUCUAUUGCAACAGCCUACGAAGGCGUCUACUUCGAAACCUACAACCUGGAGCUGGACCUGAAGCCGACGGUGAGGAUCAGUCGCCACGACGUUCCCCCGUUCAUUCCUCUGAACAACCUGGCAGAGCAGAGCAGCAUGCAGACGGAGGUCAGGACUCUUCUGGACCCCCUCAGCCAACAUCUCAACGCCUUCGCCGGUCGCAAGCAGCAGUUGCAGCUCGUUAAGGAGCUCCAUAAGUCUGUGGAAGUGAUGGAGAGCAACGUGUUGUGUUCAUUCCUGGUCCUGAUGUUCUCGCUGCCGAGGGAGAAGACGGCGCUCCUCUGCUCACUUGACUACUCCGACUGCACCAGAUGUCUUCCCACACGAGUCCACUUUGAAUGUGACGACAAGGAGCUUCCUAAUUCUCCAGAUUGGAAGAAACACCGCAGCCUUCUCAUGGAGACUCCCGUGCACAAAGCUUUGAUAACCAUGAGGGAAAUGGGGAAUAUUUUGUAAUUAGAUCAGCUUAUUUUUUUCCCAAAUUUAAAAUCAACAAAAUAUCUACAUUCUCAUU